AUGCCUGAAAUUAUUUUAGAUGUAAUUCCAUCAGGAAUUUCACUUAAACUUUUUACAUCAGUUUCAUUAGUUUGUGGUAUUUUAGCAUUAGCAAAAUUAAAUAAAACAAUCAAUUCAAUAUUAGUGUUUUGUUGGGCAUGUUUUGUAAAACCAUUAAUUCAAAAAAAGACUCAAAAAUCCGGGAAUAAGAAUCAACAACAAAAUUUAGAAUUGUUUUAUAAAAAUCAAGCUCAUAUUUAUGACAAAACCAGAGAAAUCUUGUUAAAAGGUAGAAAAGAAACUUUAAGAUUAGCUAUAAGUCAUUUACAAAAGAAGAAAGAUAUAGUUUGGAUUGAUAUUGGUGGAGGUACCGGUUCAAAUAUUGAAUUUAUGGACAAAAUAAGUUCAAUUUCCAAAAAUUUUAAAGCAGUCUAUUUAGUUGAUCUUUCACCAAGUUUAUGUGAAGUUGCAAGAAAAAGAUUUGAAAAUCAUCAAUGGAACAAUGUUCAUGUUUUAGUAGCUGAUGCUUGUGAUUUUGCAAUUAAUUAUAAAUCUGCUGAUUUGAUUACUUUUAGUUAUUCUUUAUCUAUGAUUCCUACGUUUAAUGCUGCAAUUGAUAAUGCUGUUUCAAAAUUAGAUAAACAAGGUAUUAUUGCAACUGUUGAUUUUGGUAUUCAAAGUAAUGAUACCUCAAUGGGUAGAAUUAAUACUCUUGGUGGUUUAGUUAACAGAAAUAUUCCUUGGAUUUUAAGAAAUUUCUGGAGAAUUUGGUUUGAAGCUGAUAAAGUUUUCUUAGAUUCAUCAAGAAGAAAUUAUUUAGAAUAUAAAUUUGGUACCAUCAAAUCCAUUAACUCAUACAAUAAAACAUUAGGUAAAAUUCCUUACUACAUAUGGAUUGGUUGUGAUAAAUCAAGAUCUUCACAAAUUUUAAAUAGAUUAAAUUGUUUAGCAACUGAAUCACCAUAUUUAGCUCCAGCUUCAGCUAAUCCAAAUUUACCAGUUUCAAAAGGUCAUGAAGCUGCUAUUGCAAAUUUACAAAAAAAUUUACCAUUCCCUUCAAUUUAUUAUCAAAAGGAAGUUUGGAGAGUUUAUUAUGAUGAAUUAAAUCCAUUAUAUGAGCAAUUUAAAAAUCAAUAUAUUUAUGCUUUUACUUGGGAAGAUCCAAGAGAAGAUCACAAUAUCUUGAAAUUUUCAAGUAAUGAUACUGUUUUAGCUAUUACUUCAGCAGGUGAUAAUAUUUUAAGUUAUGCAACAUUACCAGAUCCUCCAAAAAGAAUUCAUGCAGUUGAUUUAAAUCCAUGUCAAAAUCAUUUAUUAGAGUUAAAAUUAGCUUCAUUUAGAGUUUUAACUCAAGAACAAAUUUGGCAAAUGUUUGGUGAUGGUCAUAUUAAUAAUUUUAAAGAUAUUUUAGUUGAUAAAUUAGCUCCUCAUAUGUCAUCAAAUGCUUUCCAAUAUUGGAUGGAUAAAGGACCAAAUACUUUUAGUGGCAAAGGUCUUUAUGAUACUGGUUCAACAAGAUGGGCUUUAAGAUUGAGUAGGAUUGUUUUUAAAUUAUGCGGUAUUUCAAAGUAUGUCAGUGAAAUGUGUACUGCAACCACUUUAGAAGAACAAAAAAGAGUUUGGAAUGAACAUGUGAAACCAGCUAUGUUUAAUCCAGUUGUUGGUUCAUUAUUGAUUGGGAACCCAAUUUUCCUUUGGAAAGCUUUAGGUGUUCCAGCAAAUCAAGCAAAAUUAAUGGGUCCAUCAAUUAUAAAAUAUGUUAUUGAUACAUUAGAUCCAUUAAUUGAAAGAUCAUUAAUCUUAGAUGAUAACUACUUUUAUUACUUAUGUUUAAUGGGUACUUAUACAAGAACAAACUGUCCUGAUUAUUUAACUACAAAAGGUUACAAAAGAUUGACUGGUCAAAAAUCAGUAAAUGGUGAUAUUCCAAUUGAUAAUAUUAGAAUCCAUACUGAUUUAUUAAAUGAUGUAUUUGCAAGAUUAAGUACAAAAUCAAUUACUAUCGCUAUUAUUAUGGAUCAUAUGGAUUGGUUUGAUCCAAAUGGAGUUGAUGCUAUAAAUGAAAUAACUGCUAUAAAACAAUGUUUAGUAAAAGGUGGUAGAGUUAUGUUUAGAUCAGCUGCAACUCAUCCAUGGUAUAUUAAAACUUUUGAAAGUUUAGGUUUCAAAUGUGAACCAGCUGCUAUAAGAGAAAGUGGUCAUAGUAUUGAUAGAAUUAAUAUGUAUGCUUCAACUUGGGUUUGUACUAAAUUAGAAGGUGAAAUUGAAGAAGAAUCAACAAGUGAAGAAGAAAUUAUUAGUGUUGAAAAAGAAAAUGGUAAAUUAGAUGCUGGUCGUCGUAGAAUGAGUAGCUUAAAAAUUUAA